GUAUAGGUUCUGUUGCUCAGGUAAUCACAGGAGAGGGUGCUUUUGGAGAGUUCCUGAGCAUUAAUCUGGGUUUCGGGCUUGGUGUAGCAAUGGGGGUGCAUGUUGGUGGGAAAGUUUCAGGUGUUUGGUAUAGGUUCUGUUGCUCAGGUAAUCACAGGAGAGGGUGCUUUUGGAGAGUUCCUGAGCAUUAAUCUGGGUUUCGGGCUUGGUGUAGCAAUGGGGGUGCAUGUUGGUGGGAAAGUUUCAGGUGCUCACAUGAACGCAGCAGUAUCAUUUACUAUGUGCGUAACUGGUGACCUGAGCUGGAAGAUGCUUCCAUUGUAUAUAGCUGCACAAUUUCUGGGCUCCUUUAUGGCUGCGGCAACAGUUUUCAUCCUGUACUAUGAUGCCAUACACCACUACUGCAGUGGAAACUUUACGGUGUCUGGCCCCAAGGCAACAGCAGGAAUCUUUGCCACUUAUCCAGCUCCUUAUCUCUCAAUCCAAAUUGGAUUUUUGGACCAGGUGCUUGGCACUGCCAUGCUGUUGUUAUGUCUGCUGGCUCUGGGAGAUAAGAAGAACCAGCCUGCCCCAAGUAAUGGAAAGCCUCUGAUUAUUGGCGUGCUUGUAUUGCUGAUUGGAGUUUCCUUUGGCAGCAACAGUGGCUAUGCCAUCAAUCCCACCCGGGACUUCGGGCCAAGACUCUUUACAGCAAUCGCAGGAUGGGGAUUAGAUGUAUUCAGGGCAGGCAACUGCUGGUGGUGGGUGCCCUUGGUGGCACCAUUAGUAGGUGGAGUGACUGGAGCUAUGACGUAUAAAAUAUUUGUGGAGGUGUUCCAUCCCAUGCCGAUGGAUGAAAAACCUGAAGACAGUGAACCAUCAGAAUGCAUACCACUGGAUCAGCGCAAAACAGACAAUGCAGACGAGUGUGUUGUGUGAACUGUUAACAAGUCAUGCACCACUGGAACAAUGAAGAUGAGACAGGAGCUAGAAAAAAACUGUGUCUUCACAGUGAGGCCAGUGUAAUAGCAAAGUGAGUGAAAGGAAAAAAAAAAAAAAUCAGCUUCUGACCGUUUCAGUGGACGGAUUGGAACUGUUUUUGGAUCUUCUGAACAAUAAAGUGCAAAAACUCUAGAAACAUUAGCCAAAACCACUGGGAAUAAACAAGAAUGAAGGAACUUUUUUUUUUACUCUCUUAAAGAUUUUAUAUUUAAAUGCAUUUGAAUAACAAGCCUAUAAUUUCAUGACACCACGUGAAACUACGUGUUCACAUGGAAGAAUGACAAAACUGCAUCACAUUCUUAAAAUCACAAGGGGCAAUAUUUAUUUUUUUUAAUUUUUAAUCAUUUCAGAUUAUUUUUGAAAUAUAUUUAGCACAUUAAAUGUUGUUUGUCACUGAUGUUAAAUUGAUGUUCAGAGAUGUCCACAAGCGCCGGCGACUGGCGGUUUUCUCCACCUAUACAGACGGUCUGUACCAGCUACUCGAUCCCAGAAAAAAAAAACCUUGCCUUUCAAUGUUUGAGCAAUUUAGAUCAUCUUUGCUGCCCAUAAUUUGCUGCAAAUCCAAUUAUUCCACCACAACAUUAUCUUUGAUUCGAGUCUAGCAUGACCAGAAGCGAUGCCAUAUUUGUUAAUCGAUUCUCACGCUCCGAUUGGCUGAGCCGGACCACGUGACCACGCCGUAGCGUAUGUAAUGUUACACUAUGUAGUUAUGUUACAGAGCCAGGCAGUGUACUACAGAAGAUAACUGAGAAAGCCAAGCAUAUGUACAACUAGAGGGAAAGUACAUACAUGUUUUGCAAGCACUUUACAAGGAAAUGGUUGCUAAUUUAUUAGCUGAGAAUGUGCUAGACGCCACCAGAAGGCAUGUAAAUUUCAAAAUUUUCGGCUUUGCUGCCGCAAAUUCUAAAGCCCCUUACUACUAUUUUUUUUUAAGCUGGCUACUUCAGAUUUUCUGGAGAACCCUGAUAUUACAGAGAAACUGUAACCCCCCCCCCCAAGCCUUCCGUCUUGAAGACUUGUCAGAAAACUGUUAUAAAGCAAUGACAAACAUCAUCUUAACAUUUAUGCGUUCUUUCUUAUAAAGCACAUCCACUGAUUAGCACGCUUUGGUUACUUGGUACAUCCACCAUACAAGUCCUUGUGAAAGAGUAGUAAUUAUAUAAACAAUAAUGUACAUAGAAGGGGCACAUUAUAAACCUUUGAUUUAAAUUACAACAAUAACUACUGCCAGAGCUGCUGUACACCUUCUGCCCAAUCAGAAUUGAGAAUUCAACAGUUCUGUAGUAUACACUCGUCAAAAGUUUACUCAGUUUAGUCUACAUAAAGGAAGACCACUUGUAGUGUAUUGGGCUAAUCAUCAUUCAUUACACUGACAGAACCUGAUGCUUCUCGCUUUGCAUAAACCUGAACUUGGCUGUCCAAAUAAAACAUUCUAUCCCCAGUGGCCAUGGGAUUGCCUCUUCAUGCUUUGCCUGCCCUUGAACCUCGACCUUUUGCAGGACCUCCACCUGAUGGAGUCUGGCUAGGCUGCUUCUUCUUGGGAGCAGGGGGUUUGGUUUUGCCACGGAAAGCCUUGUCUGGAUCCAGCUUGUUCAGGAACGUUUCACCAAGUGUGUCGAGAUGGGAGCUACCACGGAACGUAACGGGCUGAUAAAGAGAUGCCCAUUGCUGCAGCAAAGCGAGAGAAUUCAAGAAUGAUCACUGCGCUGAGUUGCAGUCACAGAAUUACAGACCACGACAACUGGGACACUCAACUUUAUAAAACCUUUUGUUUGUAAAUCCUUUUUUGGAAAAUGAUUUAAAAAUGUGCA